AUGCGCGUCCCUCCCCUAAUCCGCACUAUGGAUGAAGUGAAAGAGAAGUUAGAUUUACUGAAGUCCCUGGAUGACAUUGAAUUCGCUGUAAGCGUAUUGAAACAGGAGGAUGUCAGUAAGGAGAACAUUUUGGAUAUUCACUAUCGUCAACUGAAAUGUGACAUACGUCCAAUGGAUGAGAAAGAGCCCAUGUAUGAUGUUUUGCGUCGCUAUUUGGAAACAAACCAUGGUGUCACACACAACUGGUAUACACUGGAAUUGUUGGAUGUGUUCGAAUGCGCCAAACCAGAUUUAGAUAACCUGUUCUUGGAUCAUGGUAAUCGCAUGCUGUUGUGGCAUGGCAGCCGGCUGACUAACUGGGUCGGCAUUUUGGGACGUGGUUUGAAGAUUGCUCCACCCGAGGCCCCAUCGACGGGCUAUAUGUUUGGGAAAGGUAUAUACUUCGCCGAUUCAUCAUCCAAAUCUGCAAAUUACAUUUAUCCCACUCAGAAGAAGAACGUCGGUUUGGUGGCCUUGUGUGAGGUGAGUGAGGUUGCUUGGUGUGUGUUUCCGCCUAUCUCUUCCCUCAACUGUCAUGUUUCUGUUCCAUUGGUACGCUUCUUUAGUUUAGGAAGCAUUCCGCUUAAUCGGGCGCUUGUCCGUUUGUGA